CCUGUUACAAUCUGCCAGUUGUGGCAAUCGGUCGCGAAUUCAGCGCAGACCUUCCAAUCGAUUAGCGCGGAACACGCGCCGCUGAGGCUUGCUGAGUACUGUCAGCUGCCACGAACGCAGGGCGCGCAUGACGGCCCUGCGGCCGUGCUCUUCUCGGCCGCCGAUCCCCCGCCCGCGCCGCCUCACACGCCGUGCCUUCCCACGUAGCAGCUCGCAGUGCUCCCCGCACCAGACAGCCAGCUACACCCGGCAGACAGCAUCGGCACCGGCUAUGGCGGCCCCACAAGCCGCCUGCCGGUCCACGGCCAUGGCCACCGCCGGUGACACGCAGGCAGCGGCCAGCAACAGCAGCGGCACUGGCACCAGUACCGGUGGUGCUAAUGAUGGUGGUGUGGUCCGCAUCCUGGACCUGUACAGCGGCGUGGGCUGCCUGCACGCGGCGCUGGGGCGCCCGGGCGUGUUGCCGCCCGGCUGCACGCAGGUGCAGGUGGCGGCGGCGGUGGACAUCAACACCGCAGCCAAUGCCGUGUACGCGGUGGAGCACGGCACGGAGCCGAGGGCACUGGACCUGACGCGGGUGACUGCAGCUCAGCUGGACGCGCUGUGUGCGGACGUGUGGCUACUCACGCCGCCCUGCCAGCCCUACACCACCACCACCAACGCGCGCCGGAAGGACACAGCGGAUCCGCGCGCCGCCUCGCUACUGCAUCUGGCCUCUGUGCUGCCCUCCAUGCGGCGGCCGCCCUCCCGGCUGCUGCUGGAGAACGUGCCGGGCUUUGCGGGCAGUCACAGCCGCCGUGUGCUGGCGGCGGCGCUGGCGGGCUGCGGCUAUGGGCUGCAGGAGUUCCUGGUGUCGCCGCACCAGCUGGGGGUGCCCUACUCCAGGCCCCGCUACUUUGCUCUGGCAGUGCGGCGGCCGCUGCGCCUCCCCCGCCGCUACGACUGCAGCGCCGGGCCAGUGCCGCACCCGCCCCUGCUCACGCCGCAGCGGGACACCGGCGCGGAGCCUGGCGCGGGCGGGGAGGAGGCGGAGCUGGAGAGCCGGUGGGCUGGCGUGUAUGAUGCGGGGCCCAGGCGUGCAGGUGACCACGGUGGCAGCAGCAGCGGCUGCAGCAGCGGCAACGCGGGUGCAGCUGGGCAGGUUCCCGGCCCACGCCGCCCCUUGGCCACGCCCGUGCACACGCCCGCGCCGCUGUCACUCUUCCUGCAGUCCGCUGCCCCAGGGCAGGCCGCCCUAGCUGCCGCAGCCAUUGCGACGGCAGCCAACCUGGGUGAUGGGACGCCGCCACCGCCACCGCAUGAGCCGCAGCCGCCACAGCCGGGUGCAGCGGGCGCUCACGGCGAGGCAGCGGGGGCGGGCGGACUGGCCGGUGAUGAGUCGGACCCCUGGGUGUCACACGCGGUGCCAGCGGCGCUGCUGGGCCGCUUCUGGCGGGUGUUGGACGUGGUGACUCCCACCGCCACCUACAGCAACUGCUUCACCAAACACUACGCCGACAACGCACUGGGGGCGGGCUCCGUGCUGGCCACUGAGGAGUUUGCCGCAGCCUACACACGCCGUGACGCGCGCGGCCGCCUGCACUUCUUCGUGCCGCCGCCCCUGCCGCCCGGACUCGGCAUUGCCGUGGCGCCGGCGAAGCCGCGGCGGCGGCGGGAGGGCGACGAGGGGCGGAGUGGGGUUGGGGGUGGUGGUGCCGAGGCCGGCCCUGGCACUUGCAUGAGCGGUGUGGCCUCACUGGCCCAUGCUUGCUCGGCGCCUGCAGCGAUGUCGCCAACUCCCCCAGGAGGAGCGCCCAUGCCGGUCGCGUUCCGGCUGCGGCCGCCUCACAGUCGGGCGCAGGCUCACGGCCGCAAGCGCAGCAGGCCCUCAGACGAGGACGAGGACGAGGACGAGGACGAGGACUGCGAGCAGGGCCGGGGUCGGGGCCAGGAGCGGGAGCGGGAGCUGGAGGCGGUGGUGGUGGGUCUCCGCUUCUUCACACCGGAGGAGGUGGCGGCGCUGCAUGGCCUGCCGCAGGGCUGGGCGGCCCGUGCGGCGGCGGCGGGCGUGGGUGCGGCCCGGCAGCAGUACGCCCUGCUGGGCAAUGGGCUGAGCGUGGACGUGGCGGCGCACCUGCUGCAGUACCUGUUCGCGGCGGAGGAGGGGGAGGCGGCGGGGGAGGGGGAGGAGCAGGCGUGAGGAGGCAGGGGUACGGGGCAAGACAGGUCGGGGCAAAUGUGCUGAACACUGGAAGCGCUGGUGUGCAGCGCUCCGCUGUGACAAGUUCUCAUGGGUAUCUGUCUGAGCGAGGUGUGAACUGUGUCUGAGCCAUGCGGCAUGGCGGGGCUAAUGUCAAGCCCGAGAGCGGGGGUACCUAGGACGUCUGCAAAAUACAUGUCAAGUUUGGCAGCGACUGGCUCUGCGUUGGCCGUUGGGUGCGGCACGCGAGUUUUGAAGUUCAUGUUGACUUGCUCGGAGCGAAGUAUACGGUAUGCAUCGGAGAAGGCAGGUUCCCACGACGAGCUAGUGUUUGUGGCAUCGAGUGCCGAAUGGGGCGGUGACGACACCUACUUUCGAACGUCGUCUAUCAAUCGUCCUGUAGCGC